UGGCGACGGAGAAGCUUUGCCCUCCAUCUGUUUAAGCUAAUACGGGCCAUUCGCUUCGCCUUGGUUACUUGUUCAUAUCACUGCUUUACGAUGUUAGCAGUCCAUCACGUCGACGUUUUUGGAUCCUUUCGAGCUGUGCUUUCACUAAUCCGGAAUAUUUCUGAAGAAACCGGGAUACGCUGAAUGUGACAUUACAAUGGACUCGAGAGCAGGGAGUCUAUCUUCUGGACUUGGGUCCAACCCUGGAGUGGGAAGAAGACAGACUUUAAAAAGUAACCCGUUUUGUCCUGGAACUUCCAGCAAGUUGACACAAUCCAUCAUUAAAGACCACAUGGUGUCUCAUUACAAAAAGGUUUACUCAGCUAAAGCUGAAGUUGAUACCUCAGUGCCCAACAGCCUGCUACACAGUGUGAAAUACAAGGACCAGUUAAGGCAGGAGCGUCUGAGGAAAAGGGGCCGUCCUCUGUCAGCAAACUCUUUCUCACAGAGGACCAGUAGAAGCUCCUGCUUGUCAGCCCAGAGUACAUUAUCUGUCCAAUACGAUGACAGCCCCUACCUCUGUGGGAGAAGCUCCAUCAUCUCCAGUCCAAGGUUCACCACCUCCUUUAACGCCAAGGACGUAGUUUAUCCUUCUUUUAAAUUAACUCCCCAUGACACUCCCCCAGCAUCAAAGAUGAAGUACAGUAACCCAGAGGCUGCUUUGCAAAGAAAGCAGUCAGCAUGUUCACUGGCAGCUUUAAGAGACGAAGGCCUCUUCAAGACCUUCCAGGACCCCGUCCAGAAGACGUAUAGUGGAGAUUUGCUUCAGAAACACUCACAGCGCUUUACUCAGGACAAACCAUUCACUCCCAAGAUCCUAAAAUCAGAUCAGAGCUCAUACCUGUCGAAAUAUCGCUAUUACAGAACACCGCAAAGGAAACCCACUCAGGAUUAUAGCGACUCAAAACUGAUGAGACAGGAAACAUAUCAUGCAAGCACAAGAAACAAGGAACACAAACAAGAACUCAAUGAGCCAUCUCAGGGAUAUUCUACAGAUCGGGAUUGGUCUGAGGAUGAAGUCAAUGACUCAUAUUUAUCACCAUCUGUACAAAAGAGUUCAAGAAGCACGAGCAGGGAAUGUUAUUUAUAUGGGUCCUCGACAGGGUUCUCGCCAGCUGCCGGGAAAUCUCCCACAAUGUGCCGUGUAUCUGCAGAGGAAGAAGAAUUAAAGUACCUCGAAUUCAUUUCUGCUGUAACAGAAGAUAUCUUGUCCAGAGCGCACAUCUCCAACAGGGUCCUAGAGAGGGUGAUGAAACGACACAUUGAUAUGAACCUGCAUCACCUAAAUGAGAGUAAAAUGCGCCACCUACUGGAAUUGCUGCGUAAGGAUUUUGAAGCACCAACCAACAUAGCCACGUCUGGUACAGAGACUGAAAAAAGGGGAAAUGAAGUGCUUGACACAUUAUUUUCACAUCUGGGAUGUGAUGGGAAACAGUCGAAGACAAUAGAGGACUGUUCCUUGUUCCCUUAUGUGUCGCUGAUAAAACAUGGCAGUUCAUCUAAUAAUGCUGAUCCUUUCAUGGUUUCUACACCUUCAUGCUCUCAUGACAGUACUACUGCUUCACCCAAAAUAAAUGAAAAGGACUAUGAGAGUGACUACGAAGGAAGGGACGUUGCUUGUUCAUUGCACAAUGCAGAUCUUUCCAAUGAAGGUACAGGCGAUAACGAAGAGGACCUGCAUCAGAUAGACACACCAAGAAAUGAUGCCCAAAAAAACAGUGAUCUGACCCAACCAAGCAUCCAUUUAGAUGGCCAGUCCAAAGAUCUGGAUGAUCUUGGAGAAAGUUUGGCAAGUUUGCACAUGUCAAGCAAUACACAUUCUGAAACGGUGGAACCUGACGGAGAGCUGGACACAAACAAAGCCAGCUUUGUCAGUGAUGAUGAGUUCUAGGUUUUUCUCCAUUCAGGUUUUUGAUACCCUUUUAAUAUAUAUGUUCCACCUUUUAAUAAAUAUGUUCCACCUUAAAAUAGUUUUGUUCCAGAAUCGUAUUAGUAAUAUUUCAUAUCUUUGAAAGUAUUAGUUUUAUCAGAAAUAUUAAGCACUGGAUUUUCUUUUCACGUUUUUCAAACAUAAUGCUGUAGCUUUAGCUGACAUUUUCAGAUUGCAGAGCUAUAGCCUAUAUAUAUAUAUAUAUAUAUAUAUAUAGAUGUGUGUGUGUGUGUGUGUGUGUGUUUUUCUUGAAGUAUUCCUCUGAUAU